ACACCGUUCCCUCCCUCCCUCUUUCCUCCUGAAGAUCCCUGCCCUGCCCUGCGCUCAGCCAUUCUCCAUAGCCCCAAGUUACGACCACAGCUUCUGAAGAGAGAGAGAGAGAAAAAAGGGAGUGAGAAAGAGAGAGAGAAAAGAAAAAGUUAGAAAGGCUUUAAGCCUUGGGUGGACAAAAAAAAAAAAAAACCUAGAAAGUGUGUGAGAGACAGAGAAAGUUUGAGUUCUCAAAGAAAAAAAGUUUCAGACAGCAUCUGUGUGGGAGAAAACUUUUGGGGGCUGUGGCAGAAAAGGCGUGUCCGGCUGAGGAUGCUCAUGCCGAGGUGGUAAAAGCUUUGGAUGCAGGAUCUGCUCCAGAAAACAACAAGUAACACAGGGGUGGCACGGAGCGUGUUGUGCCUGAUCACAAGGGAGUGAAUCCAGGGCUGAUACAGUCCACCAUAGGGGACAGGUCAAAGAGAAACAGAAUUUAAAAUGGCUGAAGAAGAGGACACAAGGGAAGUGCUCUUCCCACAGUGGAUGGGCGCUGAUAAACAUGGGCUUACAAUAGAGGAAAAAGGUCAAGGAGAAAUAUUCAUCAAAGAAGUAAAAGAAGAGUCCCCUGCUUCUCAUACUGGAAGAGUAUUUGAAGGUGAUCAAAUUGUGGGUGCCACCAUUUACUUUGAGAACAUGAGCUCAGACGAAACAGCUGAGUUAUUGAAAACUCUUAACCGACACAAGGUUGGACUAAAACUACAGCACAAGACAGGAGACAAGUCACCUUGUCGCUCUCCCAUGGGCACACUGACCUGGGAAGGACGAAGCGGAUUUGGAAGCUCCAGUCCUGACGUCAUCCUAAGCGGGGAUGAUGAGGACUACAAGAGAAUCUACACAAAGAAAAUUAAGCCCAGACUGAAGUCUGAGGACCUUGCAGAGGGGGUUGAUGUACGUACAGAACGUCACAGCAGCACCAGCAGUGACGGCAGCACUAUUACUACCAUUACUCGUCGUAUUACUACCUACACUGUGGACAUACCAGGGGCAUCUGGCCAACAGCAGAUUGAUGUUUCAAGUCCUGAGUUUAAAAUUCAUGUUUUACCACAUGAGCAAUCAGAUGGGAGCUCUACUCAGAUCAGAUUGCCACAUGGCAGCUUAAUAAGUAAAGAAGGUGUAGAUGUGAGUGAGGUGAGACUCAGAGAUCCAGAAGAUAGUUCUUCUGAGGAGCACUGGAGUACAGCACAUGUCAAAACAACGAUUACAACAAGAGGGACAGAGGGGAGAGGGAAAGAUUUGAAAUUUAAUAUGUCUGACACUGGACUGUCAGGGGCAAAAGCACAAUGGGAACCAGGGCAUUCUGGGUGGAGGCAGCCUGAGAUGAGUGGAAUAAGUAAAGGUUCAGUCACUACCGAUACAAGUAAUAUUGGUCUAUCGGGUAAGGUGGGCAUGGAAUUAGACAAAGAUGCAGGUCGUGUAAGCAUUAGUGAAAAGCACUCGAAAGAAAGUGGAAAAGAGUUUGGCAUUAGUGUGAACACAGGGGGUGUUAUUAAUCCACAACUAACAGAACGCAAGAUUGUUGUUUCCAAACCAGAUAUUGAAUCUGAAGGUUCAAAUGUGAAAGGAGGAAAAGAUUUUGUUUCUGGUUUUUCUGUGAGAGUGGGACCACAGCACAGCAAUGUAUCAAUGAAAGGUACAGACCUGUCGUCUUCUGGUGAAGUAAAGCUGACAAAUCCAUCCAUCACUGGACAAAAAAUAUCUAUGCCUGAGGUAGACUUAAGCAGCAAAGGUGCCAUUCAGAAAGGAGUUAUUGAUGUUCCAGUUCAAGGAGUUGAGGUAGACAUCAAGGUGCCAAAAGUAGACAUUCAAGGAGGUGAUGGAAGAGCACAGCAACCUGAAAUUAAAAUGCCAAUAAUCUCAGGUCCAAAUGUUUCCAUGACAGAUGUGGAGAUAAAGGGUCCAAAACUGAAAGGCAAUGUUGAUGUCUCUGUUGCACCUAAAGUGGAUAUUAAAGGUGGAAACAUCAAUUCUAAAGAAGCAAAAGACACAAUUAAGAUGUCAUCAAUACAAAUGCCAUCUUUUGGGCUAAAGGGUUCAGAGGUUCAACACGCUGAAGCUGACAAAGGACUAUCAGUAGACAUCAAGACUGCUGACAGCGGAAUAAAAGGACUAGAUGGAAAAGUAAAGAGCACUAAAGACACAUCGUUUAUUUCUGGUCCAAACAUAUCUAUGCCUACUGUUGAUAUCAACUUGAAAGGGUCAAAUGUGAAAGGUCCAGAUAUGGAUGUAAACCUUCCUAAAGCUGAAGUUGACAUAAAGGGUCCAGCCAUAGAUAUAAAGGCUCCAGAAGUCGACAUUGAGGGACCUGAUGGAAAAGUGAAGGGGCCAAAAUUCAAAAUGCCAUCCAUGUCUGGCCCUAAGGUUUCAAUGCCUGAUGUGGAUUUCAAUCUUAAAGGCUCUAAAGUCAAAGGCGGUGUUGAUGUGUCAGUUCCAAGGAUUGAAGGAGACAUAAAGGCACCAAAAGUGGACAUCGAAGGCCCAGAAGUAGACAUCAAAGGCUCUGAAGGGGGAAUCAAGAUGCCAAAAAUCACAAUGCCAUCAAUUGGUCUAAAAGGUCCUAAGGUUGAAGGUCCCAGUGUGGAUGUAAGGAUUUCCAAAGCUGAAGUUGACAUCAAGGCACCUGAAGCUGAAAUUGAGGGACUUGAUGGAAAUCUGAAAGGUACAGAAAUCAAAAUGCCAUCCACCACUGGCCCUAAGAUUUCAAUGCCUGAUGUGAAUUUCAAUCUGAAAGGUGCAAAAGUAGAAAGGGGUUUUGAUGUGUCAGUUCCAAAGAUUGAAGGAGACAUAAAGGCGCCAAAAGUGGACAUCGAAGGCCCAGAAGUUGACUUUGAAGGACAAAAAGGAGGAGUCAAGAUGCCAAAAAUCAAAAUGCCAUCAUUUGGAAUUAAAGGUCCUAAGGUUGAAGGUCCAGAUGUUGAUGUAAACCUUCCCAAAGCUGAAGUUGACAUAAAGGGUCCAGCUAUAGAUAUUAAGGCUCCAGAGGUCGACAUUGAGGGACCUGAUGGAAAAGUGAAGGGGCCAACAUUCAAAAUGCCAUCCAUCUCCGGCCCUAAGAUUUCAAUGCCUGAUGUGGAUUUUAACGCAAAAGGCCCUAAAGUCAAAGGCGGUGUUGAUGUGUCAGUUCCAAAGAUUGAAGGAGACAUAAAGGCACCAAAAGUAGACAUCGAAGGCCCAGAUGUUGACAUAGAAGGCACGAAAGGAGGAUUCAAAAUGCCAAAAAUCAAAAUACCAUCAUUUGGACUUAAAGGUCCUACGGUUGAAGGUCCAGAUGUGAAUGUGAACCUUCCUAAAGCUGAAGUUGAUAUUAAAGGUCCAGCCAUAGAUGUCAAGGCUCCAGAAGUCGACAUUGAGGGACCUGAUGGAAAAGUGAAGGGGCCAAAACUGACAACGCCAUCCAUCUCUGGCCCUAAGAUUUCAAUGCCUGAUGUGGAUUUCAACAUAAAAGGCCCUAAAGUCAAAGGAGGUGUUGAUGUGUCAGUUCCAAAGAUUGAAGGAGACAUAAAGGCACAAAAAGUGGACAUCGAAGGCCCAGAGAUUGACAUAGAAGGCACGAAAGGAGGAUUCAAAAUGCCAAAAAUCAAAAUGCCAUCAUUUGGACUUAAAGGUCCUAAGGUUGAAGGUCCAGAUAUGGAUGUAAACCUUCCUAAAGCUGAAGUUGACAUAAAGGGUCCAGCCAUAGAUAUAAAGGCUCCAGAAGUCGACAUUGAGGGACCUGAUGGAAAAGUGAAGGGGCCAAAAUUCAAAAUGCCAUCCAUCUCUGGCCCUAAGAUUUCAAUGCCUGAUGUGGAUUUCAAUCUUAAAGGCCCUAAAGUCAAAGGGGGUGUGGAUGUGUCAGUUUCAAAGAUUGAAGGAGACAUAAAGGCACCAAAAGUGGACAUUGAAGGCCCAGAUGUUGACAUAGAAGGUCCUGAAGGAGGAUUCAAAAUGCCAAAAAUCAAAAUGCCAUCAUUUGGAUUUAAAGGUCCUAAGGUUGAAGGUCCGGAUGUGGAUGUAAACCUUGCUAAAGCUGAAGUUGAUAUAAAGGGUCCAGCCAUAGACAUGAAGGCUCCAGAAGUCGACAUUGAGGGACCUGAUGGAAAAGUAAAAGGGCCAAAAUUCAAAAUGCCAUCCAUCUCUGGCCCUAAGAUUUCAAUGCCUGAUGUGGAUUUCAAUCUUAAAGGCCCUAAAGGCAAAGGAGGUGUUGAUGUGUCAGUUCCAAAGAUUGAAGGAGACAUAAAGGCACCAAAAGUGGACAUCGAAGGCCCAGAGGUUGACAUAGAAGGCCCUGAAGGAGGAUUCAAAAUGCCAAAAAUCAAAAUGCCAUCAUUUGGAUUUAAAGGUCCUAAGGUUGAAGGUCCGAAUGUGGAUGUAAACCUUCCUAAAGCUGAAGUUGAUAUAAAGGGUCCAGGCAUAGAUAUUAAGGCUCCAGAAGUCGACAUUGAGGGACCUGAUGGAAAAGUGAAGGGGCCAAAAUUCAAAAUGCCAUCUAUCUCUGGCCCUAAGAUUUCAAUGCCUGAUGUGGAUUUCAAUCUGAAAGGCCCUAAAGUCAAAGGGGGUGUGGAUGUGUCAGUUCCAAAGAUUGAAGGAGACAUAAAGGCACCAAAAGUGGACAUCGAAGGCCAAGAUGUUGACAUAGAAGGUCCUGAAGGAGGAUUCAAAAUGCCAAACAUCAAAAUGCCAUCAUUUGGAUUUAAAGGUCCUAAGGUUGAAGGUCCGGAUGUGGAUGUAAACCUUGCUAAAGCUGAAGUUGAUAUAAAGGGUCCAGCCAUAGACAUGAAGGCUCCAGAAGUCGACAUUGAAGGACCUGAUGGAAAAGUAAAAGGGCCAAAAUUCAAAAUGCCAUCCAUCUCUGGCCCUAAGAUUUCAAUGCCUGAUGUGGAUUUCAAUCUGAAAGGCCCUAAAGUCAAAGGGGGUGUGGAUGUGUCAGUUCCAAAGAUUGAAGGAGACAUAAAGGCACCAAAAGUGGACAUCGAAGGCCCAGAGAUUGACAUAGAAGGUCCUGAAGGAGGAUUCAAAAUGCCAAAAAUCAAAAUGCCAUCAUUUGGAUUUAAAGGUCCUAAGGUUGAAGGUCCGGAUAUGGAUGUAAACCUUCCUAAAGCUGAAGUUGAUAUAAAGGGUCCAGCCAUAGAUAUCAAGGCUCCAGAAGUCGACAUCGAGGGACCUGACGGAAAAGUGAAGGGGCCAAAAUUCAAAAUGCCAUCCAUCUCUGGCCCUAAGAUUUCAAUGCCUGACGUGGAUUUCAAUCUUAAAGGCCCUAAAGUCAAAGGAGGUGUUGAUGUGUCAGUUCCAAAGAUUGAAGGAGACCUAAAUGCUCCGAAAGUGGACAUCGAAGGCCCAGAGUUUGACAUAGAAGGCCCUGAAGGAGGAUUCAAAAUGCCAAAAAUCAAAAUGCCAUCAUUUGGAUUUAAAGGUCCUAAGGUUGAAGGUCCGGAUGUGGAUGUGAACCUUCCUAAAGCUGAAGUUGAUAUAAAGGGUCCAGCCAUAGAUAUCAAGGCUCCAGAAGUCGACAUCGAGGGACCUGAUGGAAAAGUGAAGGGGCCAAAAUUCAAAAUGCCAUCCAUCUCUGGCCCUAAGAUUUCAAUGCCUGACAUAGAUUUCAAUCUUAAAGGCCCUAAAGUCAAAGGAGGUGUUGAUGUGUCAGCUCCAAAGAUUGAAGGAGACCUAAAAGCUCCGAAAGUGGACAUUGAAGGCCCAGAGGUUGACAUAGAAGGCCCUGAAGGAGGAUUCAAAAUGCCAAAAAUCAAAAUGCCAUCAUUUGGAUUUAAAGGUCCUAAGGUUGAAGGUCCGGAUGUGGAUGUAAACCUUCCUAAAGCUGAAGUUGAUAUAAAGGGUCCAGGCAUAGAUAUUAAGGCUCCGGAAGUCGACAUUGAGGGACCUGAUGGAAAAGUGAAGGGGCCAAAAUUCAAAAUGCCAUCUAUCUCUGGCCCUAAGAUUUCAAUGCCUGAUGUGGAUUUCAAUCUGAAAGGCCCUAAAGUCAAAGGGGGUGUGGAUGUGUCAGUUCCAAAGAUUGAAGGAGACAUAAAGGCACCAAAAGUGGACAUCGAAGGCCCAGAUGUUGACAUAGAAGGUCCUGAAGGAGGAUUCAAAAUGCCAAACAUCAAAAUGCCAUCAUUUGGAUUUAAAGGUCCUAAGGUUGAAGGUCCGGAUGUGGAUGUAAACCUUGCUAAAGCUGAAGUUGAUAUAAAGGGUCCAGCCAUAGACAUGAAGGCUCCAGAAGUCGACAUUGAGGGACCUGAUGGAAAAGUAAAAGGGCCAAAAUUCAAAAUGCCAUCCAUCUCUGGCCCUAAGAUUUCAAUGCCUGAUGUGGAUUUCAAUCUGAAAGGCCCUAAAGUCAAAGGGGGUGUGGAUGUGUCAGUUCCAAAGAUUGAAGGAGACAUAAAGGCACCAAAAGUGGACAUCGAAGGCCCAGAGAUUGACAUAGAAGGUCCUGAAGGAGGAUUCAAAAUGCCAAAAAUCAAAAUGCCAUCAUUUGGAUUUAAAGGUCCUAAGGUUGAAGGUCCGGAUAUGGAUGUAAACCUUCCUAAAGCUGAAGUUGAUAUAAAGGGUCCAGCCAUAGAUAUCAAGGCUCCAGAAGUCGACAUCGAGGGACCUGACGGAAAAGUGAAGGGGCCAAAAUUCAAAAUGCCAUCCAUCUCUGGCCCUAAGAUUUCAAUGCCUGACGUGGAUUUCAAUCUUAAAGGCCCUAAAGUCAAAGGAGGUGUUGAUGUGUCAGUUCCAAAGAUUGAAGGAGACCUAAAUGCUCCGAAAGUGGACAUCGAAGGCCCAGAGUUUGACAUAGAAGGCCCUGAAGGAGGAUUCAAAAUGCCAAAAAUCAAAAUGCCAUCAUUUGGAUUUAAAGGUCCUAAGGUUGAAGGUCCGGAUGUGGAUGUGAACCUUCCUAAAGCUGAAGUUGAUAUAAAGGGUCCAGCCAUAGAUAUCAAGGCUCCAGAAGUCGACAUCGAGGGACCUGAUGGAAAAGUGAAGGGGCCAAAAUUCAAAAUGCCAUCCAUCUCUGGCCCUAAGAUUUCAAUGCCUGACAUAGAUUUCAAUCUUAAAGGCCCUAAAGUCAAAGGAGGUGUUGAUGUGUCAGCUCCAAAGAUUGAAGGAGACCUAAAAGCUCCGAAAGUGGACAUUGAAGGCCCAGAGGUUGACAUAGAAGGCCCUGAAGGAGGAUUCAAAAUGCCAAAAAUCAAAAUGCCAUCAUUUGGAUUUAAAGGUCCUAAGGUUGAAGGUCCGGAUGUGGAUGUAAACCUUCCUAAAGCUGAAGUUGAUAUAAAGGGUCCAGGCAUAGAUAUUAAGGCUCCGGAAGUCGACAUUGAGGGACCUGAUGGAAAAGUGAAGGGGCCAAAAUUCAAAAUGCCAUCUAUCUCUGGCCCUAAGAUUUCAAUGCCUGAUGUGGAUUUCAAUCUGAAAAGCCCUAAAGUCAAAGGGGGUGUGGAUGUGUCAGUUCCAAAGAUUGAAGGAGACAUAAAGGCACCAAAAGUGGACAUCGAAGGCCCAGAUGUUGACAUAGAAGGUCCUGAAGGAGGAUUCAAAAUGCCAAAAAUCAAAAUGCCAUCAUUUGGAUUUAAAGGUCCUAAGGUUGAAGGUCCGGAUAUGGAUGUAAACCUUCCUAAAGCUGAAGUUGAUAUAAAGGGUCCAGCCAUAGAUAUCAAGGCUCCAGAAGUCGACAUCGAGGGACCUGACGGAAAAGUGAAGGGGCCAAAAUUCAAAAUGCCAUCCAUCUCUGGCCCUAAGAUUUCAAUGCCUGACGUGGAUUUCAAUCUUAAAGGCCCUAAAGUCAAAGGAGGUGUUGAUGUGUCAGUUCCAAAGAUUGAAGGAGACCUAAAUGCUCCGAAAGUGGACAUCGAAGGCCCAGAGUUUGACAUAGAAGGCCCUGAAGGAGGAUUCAAAAUGCCAAAAAUCAAAAUGCCAUCAUUUGGAUUUAAAGGUCCUAAGGUUGAAGGUCCGGAUGUGGAUGUGAACCUUCCUAAAGCUGAAGUUGAUAUAAAGGGUCCAGCCAUAGAUAUCAAGGCUCCAGAAGUCAACAUCGAGGGACCUGAUGGAAAAGUGAAGGGGCCAAAAUUCAAAAUGCCAUCCAUCUCUGGCCCUAAGAUUUCAAUGCCUGAUGUGGAUUUCAAUCUUAAAGGCCCUAAAGUCAAAGGGGGUGUGGAUGUGUCAGUUCCAAAGAUUGAAGGAGACCUAAAAGCUCCAAAAGUGGACAUUGAAGGCCCAGAGGUUGACAUAGAAGGCCCUGAAGGAGGAUUCAAAAUGCCAAAAAUCAAAAUGCCAUCAUUUGGAUUUAAAGGUCCUAAGGUUGAAGGUCCGGAUAUGGAUGUAAACCUUCCUAAAGCUGAAGUUGAUAUAAAGGGUCCAGCCAUAGAUAUCAAGGCUCCAGAAGUCGACAUCGAGGGACCUGAUGGAAAAGUGAAGGGGCCAAAAUUCAAAAUGCCAUCCAUCUCUGGCCCUAAGAUUUCAAUGCCUGACAUGGAUUUCAAUCUUAAAGGCCCUAAAGUCAAAGGAGGUGUUGAUGUGUCAGCUCCAAAGAUUGAAGGAGACCUAAAAGCUCCGAAAGUGGACAUUGAAGGCCCAGAGGUUGACAUAGAAGGCCCUGAAGGAGGAUUCAAAAUGCCAAAAAUCAAAAUGCCAUCAUUUGGAUUUAAAGGUCCUAAGGUUGAAGGUCCGGAUAUGGAUGUGAACCUUCCUAAAGCUGAAGUUGAUAUAAAGGGUCCCGCCAUAGAUAUCAAGGCUCCAGAAGUCAACAUCGAGGGACCAGAUGGAAAAGUGAAGGGGCCAAAAUUCAAAAUGCCUUCUAUCUCUGGACCUAAGAUUUCAAUGCCUGAUGUGGAUUUCAAUCUGAAAGGCCCUAAAGUCAAAGGAGGUGUGGAUGUGUCAGUUCCAAAGGUUGAAGGAGAUAUAAAGGCACCAAAAGUGGACAUCGAAGGCCCAGAGGUUGAUAUAGAAGGCCCUGAAGGAGGAUUCAAAAUGCCUAAAAUCAAAAUGCCAUCAUUUGGAUUUAAAGGUCCUAAGGUUGAAGGUCCGGAUAUGGAUGUAAACCUUCCUAAAGCUGAAGUUGAUAUUAAGGGUCCCGCCAUAGAUAUCAAGGCACCAGAAGUCGACAUCGAGGGACCUGAUGGAAAAGUGAAGGGGCCAAAAUUCAAAAUGCCAUCCAUCUCUGGCCCUAAGAUUUCAAUGCCUGACGUGGAUUUCAAUCUUAAAGGCCCUAAGGUCAAAGGAGGAGUUGAUGUGUCAGUUCCAAAGAUUGAAGGAGACCUAAAUGCUCCGAAAGUGGACAUCGAAGGCCCAGAGGUUGACAUAGAAGGCCCUGAAGGAGGAUUCAAAAUGCCAAAAAUCAAAAUGCCAUCAUUUGGAUUUAAAGGUCCUAAGGUUGAAGGUCCGGAUAUGGAUGUGAACCUUCCUAAAGCUGAAGUUGAUAUAAAGGGUCCCGCCAUAGAUAUCAAGGCACCAGAAGUCGACAUCGAGGGACCUGAUGGAAAAGUGAAGGGGCCAAAAUUCAAAAUGCCAUCCAUCUCUGGCCCUAAGAUUUCAAUGCCUGACAUGGAUUUCAAUCUUAAAGGCCCUAAAGUCAAAGGAGGUGUUGAUGUGUCAGUUCCAAAGAUUGAAGGAGACCUAAAAGCUCCGAAAGUGGACAUUGAAGGCCCAGAGGUUGACAUAGAAGGCCCUGAGGGAGGAUUCAAAAUGCCAAAAAUCAAAAUGCCAUCAUUUGGAUUUAAAGGUCCCAAGGUUGAAGGUCCGGAUAUGGAUGUGAACCUUCCUAAAGCUGAAGUUGAUAUAAAGGGUCCCGCCAUAGAUAUCAAGGCUCCAGAAGUCAACAUCGAGGGACCAGAUGGAAAAGUGAAGGGGCCAAAAUUCAAAAUGCCUUCUAUCUCUGGACCUAAGAUUUCAAUGCCUGAUGUGGAUUUCAAUCUGAAAGGCCCUAAAGUCAAAGGGGGUGUGGAUGUGUCAGUUCCAAAGGUUGAAGGAGAUAUAAAGGCACCAACAGUGGACAUCGAAGGCCCAGAGGUUGACAUAGAAGGUCCUGAAGGAGGAUUCAAAAUGCCAAAAAUCAAAAUGCCAUCAUUUGGAUUUAAAGGUCCUAAGGUUGAAGGUCCGGAUAUGGAUGUAAACCUUCCUAAAGCUGAAGUUGAUAUAAAGGGUCCAGCCAUAGAUAUCAAGGCUCCAGAAGUUGACAUUGAGGGACCUGAUGGAAAAGUGAAGGGGCCAAAAUUCAAAAUGCCAUCCAUCUCUGGCCCUAAGAUUUCAAUGCCUGACGUGGAUUUCAAUCUUAAAGGCCCUAAAGUCAAAGGAGGUGUUGAUGUGUCAGUUCCAAAGAUUGAAGGAGACCUAAAAGCUCCGAAAGUGGACAUUGAAGGCCCAGAGGUUGACAUAGAAGGUCCUGAAGGAGGAUUCAAAAUGCCAAAAAUCAAAAUGCCAUCAUUUGGAUUUAAAGGUCCUAAGGUUGAAGGUCCGGAUAUGGAUGUAAACCUUCCUAAAGCUGAAGUUGAUAUUAAGGGUCCCGCCAUAGAUAUCAAGGCUCCAGAAGUCGACAUCGAGGGACCUGAUGGAAAAGUGAAGGGGCCAAAAUUCAAAAUGCCAUCCAUCUCUGGCCCUAAGAUUUCAAUGCCUGAUGUGGAUUUCAAUCUUAAAGGCCCUAAAGUCAAAGGGGGUGUGGAUGUGUCAGUUCCAAAGAUUGAAGGAGAUGUAAAGGCACCAAAAGUGGACAUCGAAGGCCCAGAGGUUGACAUAGAAGGUCCUGAAGGAGGAUUCAAAAUGCCAAAAAUCAAAAUGCCAUCAUUUGGAUUUAAAGGUCCUAAGGUUGAAGGUCCGGAUAUGGAUGUAAGCCUUCCUAAAGCUGAAGUUGAUAUAAAGGGUCCAGCCAUAGAUAUCAAGGCUCCAGAUGUUGACAUUGAGGGACCUGAUGGAAAAGUGAAGGGGCCAAAAUUCAAAAUGCCAUCCAUCUCUGGCCCUAAGAUUUCAAUGCCUGACAUGGAUUUCAAUCUUAAAGGCCCUAAAGUCAAAGGUGGUGUUGAUGUGUCAAUUCCAAAGAUUGAAGGAGAUCUAAAAUCUCCAAAAAUGGACAUCGAAGGCCCAGAGGUUGACAUAGAAGGUCCUGAAGGAGGAUUCAAAAUGCCAAAAAUCAAAAUGCCAUCAUUUGGAUUUAAAGGUCCUAAGGUUGAAGGUCCGGAUAUGGAUGUAAACCUUCCUAAAGCUGAAGUUGAUAUUAAGGGUCCCGCCAUAGAUAUCAAGGCUCCAGAAGUCGACAUUGAGGGACCUGAUGGAAAAGUGAAGGGGCCAAAAUUCAAAAUGCCAUCCAUCUCUGGCCCUAAGAUUUCAAUGCCUGAUGUGGAUUUCAAUCUUAAAGGGCCUAAAGUCAAAGGGGGUGUGGAUGUGUCAGUUCCAAAGAUUGAAGGAGACAUAAAGGCACCAAAAGUGGACAUCGAAGGCCCAGAGGUUGACAUAGAAGGUCCUGAAGGAGGAUUCAAAAUGCCAAAAAUGAAAAUGCCAUCAUUUGGAUUUAAAGGUCCUAAGGUUGAACGUCCGGAUAUGGAUGUAAACCUUCCUAAAGCUGAAGUUGAUAUAAAAAGUCCAGCCAUAGAUAUCAAGGCUCCAGAAGUUGAUAUUGAGGGACCUGAUGGAAAAGUGAAGGGGCCAAAAUUCAAAAUGCCAUCCAUCUCUGGCCCUAAGAUUUCAAUGCCUGACAUGGAUUUCAAUCUUAAAGGCCCUAAAGUCAAAGGUGGUGUUGAUGUGUCAGUUCCAAAGAUUGAAGGAGAUCUAAAAUCUCCAAAAAUGGACAUCGAAGGCCCAGAGGUUGACAUAGAAGGCCCUGAAGGAGGAUUCAAAAUGCCAAAAAUGAAAAUGCCAUCAUUUGGAUUUAAAGGUCCUAAGGUUGAAGGUCCGGAUAUGGAUGUAAACCUUCCUAAAGCUGAAGUUGAUAUAAAAAGUCCAGCCAUAGAUAUCAAGGCUCCAGAAGUUGAUAUUGAGGGACCUGAUGGAAAAGUGAAGGGGCCAAAAUUCAAAAUGCCAUCCAUCUCUGGCCCUAAGAUUUCAAUGCCUGAUGUGGAUUUCAAUCUUAAAGGCCCCAAGGUCAAAGGGGGUGUCGAUGUAUCAGUUCCUAAGAUCGAAGGGGACAUCACCGCGCCAAAAAUGGAAAUCGAGUGCCCAGACGUUGACAUUGAAGGUCCUGAAGGAGGACUCAAAAUGCCAAAAAUCAAAAUUCCAUCAUUUGGACUUAAAGGUCCUAAAGUUGAAGCUGAAGUUGACAUAAAAGGAUGUGAAACAGAUAUCAAGGCACCAGAUUUUGAAAUUGAGGGACCUGAUGCAAAAGUAAAGGGGCCAAAAUUCAAGAUGCCAUCUUUAUCAGGUCCAAAGAUUUCUAUGCCUGAUGUGGACUUAAACCUGAAGGGCCCAAAACUAAAAACUGACAUUGAAGGAGAUAUUACUGUGCCUAAAGUAGAACUUGAAGGCGCCAAAGUCAACCUAGAUGUUCCUGAAAGUAGCCUGAAAAAGAAGGGUGGAUUUAAGUUGCCAAAAUUCAAAAUGCCAAAGUUUGGAUUUAAAUCACCCAAGGCUGAUGUACCAAAUGUCGAUGUCAGUUUGCCUGAAGCCGAGUUGGAAAUGAAGGGAGGAAAUGUUAACAUCAAGAGUCCUUCAACUGACAUAGAGUUACCAGAAGGAAAGAUUAAAGGACCUAAAAUUAAAAUGCCAUCUAUCUCUGGACCAAAAAUAUCUAUGCCUGAUGUAGACCUCAAGCUUAAGGGACCCAAAAUUGAGGGAGAUGUAAAUGUGUCUGUUCCAAAGGUUAAAGGUGACAUCAAUGCACCAAAAAUAGACAUUGAAGGUCCAGACAUUGACUUGGAGGGACCAGACGGUGGCCUUAAGAUGCCUAAAAUCAAGAUGCCAUCAUUUGGCAUUAAAGGGCCAAAGGUGGAGGGCCCUGACAUUGAUGUAAAUUUGCCAAAGGCUGAUAUUGAUAUCAAAGGACCAGACUUUGACAUUAAAAGUCCAGAAAUUGACAUUGAAGGACCAGAAGGAAAAAUCAAGGGUUCCAAAUUCAAAAUGCCAUCAUUUGGAUUUAAAGGACCAAAAGUGGAGGGCCCCGAUGUUGAUGUGAAUCUGCCAAAGGGUGAUAUUGAUCUUAAAGCCCCCAAGAUGGAUGUAAAAAGUCCAGAAAUUGACAUUGAAGGCCCAGAAGGAAAAAUCAAAGGACCCAAAUUCAAAAUGCCCACCAUAUCAGGUCCAAAGAUCUCAAUGCCUGAUGUUGACCUCAACCUUAAAGGCCCCAAAGUAAAGGGAGGUGUUGAUAUGUCAAUUCCAAAGAUUGAAGGUGACAUUAAAGCGCCCAAAGUUGACAUUGAAGGUCCAGAAAUUGAUGUGGAGGGACCAGAGGGUGGUUUCAAAAUGCCCAAAAUCAAAAUGCCAUCAUUUGGAUUUAAAGGACCAAAAGUGGAGGGUCCAGAUGUUGAUGUGAAUCUUCCAAAGGGUGAUAUUGAUCUCAAAGGCCCCAAGAUUGAUGUCAAAACUCCAGAAAUUGACAUUGAAGGUCCAGAAGGAAAAAUCAAGGGUCCCAAAUUCAAAAUGCCCACCAUAUCAGGUCCAAAGAUCUCCAUGCCUGAUGUUGACCUCAACCUUAAAGGCCCCAAAGUAAAGGGAGGUGUUGAUAUGUCAGUUCCAAAGAUUGAAGGUGACAUUAAAUCGCCCAAAGUUGACAUUGAAGGUCCAGAAAUUGAUGUGGAGGGACCAGAGGGUGGUUUCAAAAUGCCCAAAAUCAAAAUGCCAUCAUUUGGAUUUAAAGGACCAAAAGUGGAGGGUCCAGAUGUUGAUGUGAAUCUUCCAAAGGGUGAUAUUGAUCUCAAAGGCCCCAAGAUUGAUGUCAAAACUCCAGAAAUUGACAUUGAAGGUCCAGACGGAAAAAUCAAGGGUCCCAAAUUCAAAAUGCCCACCAUAUCAGGUCCAAAGAUCUCCAUGCCUGAUAUUGACCUCAACCUUAAAGGCCCAAAAGUAAAGGGAGGUGUGGAUGUGUCAGUUCCAAAGAUUGAAGGUGACAUUAAAGCGCCCAAAGUUGACAUUGAAGGUCCAGAAAUUGAUGUGGAGGGACCAGAGGGUGGUUUCAAAAUGCCCAAAAUAAAAAUGCCAUCAUUUGGAUUUAAAGGACCAAAAGUGGAGGGCCCUGAUGUUGAUGUAAAUCUGCCAAAGGGUGAUACUGAUCUCAAAGGCCCUAAGAUUGAUGUAAAAAGUCCAGAAAUUGACAUUGAAGGCCCAGACGGAAAAAUCAAGGGUCCCAAAUUCAAAAUGCCUACUAUAUCAGGUCCAAAGAUCUCAAUGCCUGAUGUUGACUUUAAUAUUGGAGGCCCCAAAGUUAAAGGAGAUGUGGAUGUGUCUGUUCCGAAGAUUGAAUGUGACAUUAAACCACCAAAAGUUGACAUUGCAGGUCCAGAAAUUGAUGUGGAGGGACCCGAGGGCGGGUUCAAAAUGCCCAAAAUCAAAAUGCCCACCAUAUCCGGUCCAAAGAUCUCCAUGCCUGAUGUUGACCUCAACCUUAAAGGCCCCAAAGUAAAGGGAGGUGUUGAUAUGUCAGUUCCAAAGAUUGAAGGUGACAUUAAAGUGCCCAAAGUUGACAUUGAAGGUCCAGAAAUUGAUGUGGAGGGACCAGAGGGUGGUUUCAAAAUGCCUAAAAUCAAAAUGCCAUCAUUUGGAUUUAAAGGACCAAAAGUGGAGGGCCCUGAUGUUGAUGUAAAUCUGCCAAAGGGUGAUAUUGAUCUCAAAGGCCCUAGGAUUGAUGUAAAAAGUCCAGAAAUUGACAUUGAAGGCCCAGAAGGAAAAAUCAAAGGACCCAAAUUCAAAAUGCCCACCAUAUCAGGUCCAAAGAUCUCAAUGCCUGAUGUUGACCUCAACCUUAAAGGCCCCAAAGUAAAGGGAGGUGUAGAUAUGUCAAUUCCAAAGAUUGAAGGUGACAUUAAAGCGCCCAAAGUUGACAUUGAAGGUCCAGAAAUUGAUGUGGAGGGACCAGAGGGUGGUUUCAAAAUGCCCAAAAUCAAAAUGCCAUCAUUUGGAUUUAAAGGACCAAAAGUGGAGGGCCCUGAUGUUGAUGUAAACCUGCCAAAGGGUGAUCUUGAUCUCAAAGGCCCUAGGAUUGAUGUAAAAAGUCCAGAAAUUGACAUUGAAGGCCCAGAAGGAAAAAUCAAGGGUCCCAAAUUCAAAAUGCCCACUAUAUCAGGUCCAAAGUUGUCCAUGCCUGAUGUUGACCUCAACCUUAAAGGCCCCAAAGUAAAGGGAGGUGUGGAUGUGUCAGUUCCAAAGAUUGAAGGGGACAUUAAAGCACCAAAAGUUGACAUUGAAGGUCCAGAAAUUGAUGUGGAGGGACCAGAGGGUGGUUUCAAAAUGCCCAAAAUCAAAAUGCCAUCAUUUGGAUUUAAAGGACCAAAAGUGGAGGGUCCAGAUGUUGAUGUGAAUCUUCCAAAGGGUGAUAUUGAUCUCAAAGGCCCCAAGAUUGACGUCAAAACUCCAGAAAUUGAUAUUGAAGGGCCAGAGGGAAAGAUCAAGGGUCCCAAAUUCAAAAUGCCCACCAUAUCAAGUCCAAAGAUCUCCAUGCCUGAUGUUGACCUCAACCUUAAAGGCCCAAAAGUAAAGGGAGGUGUUGAUAUGUCAGUUCCAAAGAUUGAAGGUGACAUUAAAGCUCCCAAAGUUGACCUUGAAGGUCCAGAAAUUGAUGUGGAGGGACCAGAGGGUGGUUUCAAAAUGCCCAAAAUCAAAAUGCCAUCAUUUGGAUUUAAAGGACCAAAAGUGGAGGGCCCUGAUGUUGAUGUAAAUCUGCCAAAGGGUGAUUUUGAUCUCAAAGGCCCUACGAUUGAUGUAAAAAGUCCAGAAAUUGACAUUGAAGGCCCAGAAGGAAAAAUCAAGGGACCCAAAUUCAAAAUGCCCACCAUAUCAGGUCCAAAGAUCUCAAUGCCUGAUGUUGACCUCAACCUUAAAGGCCCCAAAGUAAAGGGAGGUGUUGAUAUGUCAGUUCCAAAGAUUGAAGGUGACAUUAAAGCGCCCAAAGUUGACAUUGAGGGUCCAGAAAUUGAUGUGGAGGGACCAGAGGGGGGUUUCAAAAUGCCCAAAAUCAAAAUGCCGUCAUUUGGAUUUAAAGGACCAAAAGUGGAGGGCCCUGAUGUUGAUAUAAAUCUGCCAAAGGGUGAUCUUGAUCUCAAAGGCCCUAGUAUUAAUCUAAAGAGUCCAGAAAUUGACAUUGAAGGCCCAGAAGGAAAAAUCAAAGGACCCAAAUUCAAAAUGCCCACCAUAUCAGGUCCAAAGAUCUCCAUGCCUGAUGUUGACCUCAACCUUAAAGGCCCCAAAGUAAAGGGAGGUGUUGAUAUGUCAGUUCCAAAGAUUGAAGGUGACAUUAAAGCGCCCAAAGUUGAUAUUGAAGGUCCAGAAAUUGAUGUGGAGGGACCAGAGGGUGGUUUCAAAAUGCCCAAAAUCAAAAUGCCAUCAUUUGGAUUUAAAGGACCAAAAGUGGAGGGCCCCGAUGUUGAUGUAAACCUGCCAAAGGGUGAUCUUGAUCUCAAAGGCCCUAGGAUUGAUGUAAAAAGUCCAGAAAUCGACAUUGAAGGCCCAGAAGGAAAAAUCAAGGGUCCCAAAUUCAAAAUGCCCACUAUAUCAGGUCCAAAAAUGUCCAUGCCUGAUGUUGACCUCAACCUUAAAGGCCCCAAAGUAAAGGGAGGUGUGGAUGUGUCAGUUCCAAAGAUUGAAGGGGACAUUAAAGCACCAAAAGUUGACAUUGAAGGCCCAGAAAUUGAUGUGGAGGGACCAGAGGGUGGUUUCAAAAUGCCCAAAAUCAAAAUGCCAUCAUUUGGAUUUAAAGGACCGAAAGUGGAGGGUCCAGAUGUUGAUGUGAAUCUUCCAAAGGGUGAUAUUGAUCUCAAAGGCCCCAAGAUUGACGUCAAAACUCCAGAAAUUGAUAUUGAAGGGCCAGAGGGAAAGAUCAAGGGUCCCAAAUUCAAAAUGCCCACCAUAUCAAGUCCAAAGAUCUCCAUGCCUGAUGUUGACCUCAACCUUAAAGGCCCCAAAGUAAAGGGAGGUGUUGAUAUGUCAGUUCCAAAGGUUGAAGGGGACAUUAAAGCACCAAAAGUUGAAGUUGAAGGUCCAGAAAUUGAUGUGGAGGGACCAGAGGGUGGUUUCAAAAUGCCCAAAAUCAAAAUGCCAUCAUUUGGAUUUAAAGGACCAAAAGUGGAGGGCCCUGAUGUUGAUGUAAAUCUGCCAAAGGGUGAUAUUGAUCUCAAAGGCCCUAGGAUUGAUGUAAAAAGUCCAGAAAUCGACAUUGAAGGACCAGAAGGAAAAAUCAAGGGUCCCAAAUUCAAAAUGCCCACCAUAUCAGGUCCAAAGAUCUCCAUGCCUGAUGUUGACCUCAACCUUAAAGGUCCAAAAGUAAAGGGAGGUGUUGAUAUGUCAGUUCCAAAGAUUGAAGGGGACAUUAAAGCACCAAAAGUUGACAUUGAAGGUCCAGAAAUUAAUGUGGAGGGACCAGAGGGUGGUUUAAAAAUGCCCAAAAUCAAAAUGCCAUCAUUUGGACUGAAAGGACCGAAAGUGGAGGGCCCUGAUGUUGAUAUAAAUCUUCCAAAAGGUGAUAUUGACAUUAAAGUUCCUGGAUCCAAACUGAAGGGAGAUAUAGAUUUGUCUGCUUCAAAUAUUGAAGGUGAUAUAAAGACACCAAAAGUAGAUAUUGAGGGACCAGGUGUUAAUUUUGAGGGGCCAGAAGGAGGUUUAAAAAUGCCCAAAAUUAAAAUGCCAGCCUUUGGAUUAAAGGCUCCCAAAGUGGAGGGUACAGACAUGGAUGUGCAGGUGCAGCUUUCCAAACCUGAUGUUGACAUAAAAGGCCCAAGCAUUAAUACCAAAGCCCCUAAAAUCAGUGGUAAAAUCCCGAAAACUGAUGUGGAAGGCAGUCUCGAAGGUCUUGGUGCAGAGGUUAAUUUAAAAGGAAAGAAGGAUAAAGUCAAGACGCCGAAGGUGAAAGGAAAGGUCAGAACUGAUAUUGACACUGGUGCAGCAGAGAUAGACUCUCCUGAUCUGCACUUCAAAGGGCCCAAGGUCAAAAAGCCACUGUUUGGAAAACUACAUUUUCCUGAUGUGGAAUUUGACAUCAAAAAAUCAUCUCCAAAGGUUAAAGGUGGCGCUGGAGCUUCAAAGUCUGUAUCUGGAAAUUUAAAAGGAACGUUUGAAAGCGGAGUUCCCUCGAUUGAUGCUGAAGGUGUUAAAGUAGAAGCAGGAGCUAAGAAUGUACAGUUGAAGAUGCCAGAUGUAAAGGUCAAAGGACCUCAAGGGGUUAUUUUGGAUGAACAGAAAGGAGAAAUAGGAGCAAGCACAGAUGUAGGAGUCUCAGGUAAAAUUGAGUAUCCCGAGGGUAGUGUAACAUUUCCAAAGAUGAAAGUGCCAAAGUUUGGAAUCGCUUUGCCCCAUAUAGAGGGAAGGGAGAUGGGUGUUGAUGUAGGUUCAGGAGAACUAACUGCUGGAGCCAAUGUUAGUUCUCAGAGUCUAGAAAUGCAAAGUCCAGAACUGAAAAACAGUGGUGGAAAAGUCAAAGUUAAAAAGCCACGAUUCUUUGGCAAGUCAAAAACCAAGGGUGGUAGUGCAGCUGACCUUACAGUUCAAGGACCUGAGAUUGCAUUUACAGGCGAGGGAGGUGCUAACGUGUCUAAAGAGUUAAGCUUGAGUUCUGGGGAACUGAUAGGUGGAAAGAUGGUAGCGGGUGGUUCUGGGUUGAAAAUUUCACCGAAGAGUAAAUCUGCUUCACUUGAUCUCUACAAGAAAUCCAGGCAUCGUUCUUCUUCACUGAGUGAUGAAGGAGAACUAGCUUCCCCCAGCUCUAUUGAAGGGCAUUUACAUACAGAAAGUGGUAACAUUUCAGUGGAUGUUGGAGAUGCUAAGGUGAAAGGAAAAAAAGGAAAGUUAAAGUUUGGCACAUUUGGUGGGUUUGGCUCAAAGUCCAAGGGGUCCUAUGAAGUGACACUUGGAGAUGAUAAUGAAGCUAGGGUUGAAGGAGCUGGUGGAGUUGUUCUCCCAUCAAAGAAAUCAAGAAUUUCAUCAUCAUCUAGCAGUGAUAGUGGUUCAAAGAGUGGUUUUCGCUUCCCAAAAGUUGAAAUAGCAGUUUCACCAAAAAAAUAACGUGAUACCAUUGUGAUACUAUUAAAGGCACUAAUCUUCUAGCCAUUUUCUAUACUUUUUGUGGACAUCUACAUUUUUAAGCCUCACUUAAAUACAGUGCACUGUCAUAAACAGACACAUUAUGUUUGUUUUAUUGUCUUUACCCCCUGAAUUAUUUUCUUUUUUAUUUUGGGGUACAGGUCAUGUAUUUUAAAUCUCAAUGUAACUGUAAAUAAGAUAAAUUUGUAUUGUAAUUUUAAAUGUGUUUUGUAAAUAGAAAAAAGGAGCCUAUUACAUUUUAAAUUCAAUAUCAUGACAAAUGGCUAGUUGGAUGGAAAUAUCUACAUCUGGUUUAACUUUUCUGUGAUAAUAUAUUUUUGUAUUUUUUAAAGGGGAAAUGGUUUAGUAAUCAUUGACAUUGACAGUAGCUCAUUUCACAAAUACAGUUCCAGGAAAAUAACUAAAUGUUAUAUAUGAGGUUUUAUAAUUCUGAAACUAAAUAAUCCCUGCUGUAUAUUACUUAAAAAUGAACUGAAUUGACCAUGCCCUCAACUGUCGAUACAUUGUAAAAAUUGUAAAUAAACUGCUGACAAUAACAAAAUACAUUAAGGGUAUGAAUUUAAGACUGAGUAAAUAGAACACAAGGAUUUAUAAUCUCAUCAUGAUGUAGUCUAUCCAAAGAUUAUUUGCCAAAGUAUUUAUAAGAAAUGUGAAUUUUUUAUCCUAAAAACAAAUAACAAAUUAAAGGGUUACAAAUAAUAACUUUACAAAUGCCCAUGUUUUAGCAACAGCACUUUCAUAUAUUUAUCCUAUUUUCUCUUUUCCUCUCACUGAAUUGAUUUUCUGUGCUGUACAGAAUGCAGAGCAAUGACUACAGAAUAUGCAACAGGGCAAUGCCCAUAUGGGACAUUUAUGCUACAGGUUUCUCAACUGUUUCUUAUAUUGUUUUCUGUCAGCUGCAAAACAAACCAAAUAAAGUGUUCAAUUACAA